AUGCAAGAAGAGCUUACGGCCCUUUACUCAAACAACACUUGGCAUCUUGUUCCUCGACCUUCCAACACCAAUAUCAUUGGUUCUAAAUGGGUCUACCACAUUAAAUACAAGGAAGAUGGCUCGAUUGAUCGGUACAAGGCACGACUUGUUGCAAGAGGUUUCACUCAAGUUUCCGGGCUAGACUAUGACGAAACUUUUAGCCCUGUGAUCAAACCCGCAACCAUUCGAAUAAUCCUUUCUCUAGCAGUUGUCUCGUGUUGGACAAUCAAACAACUUGACGUUAAAAAUGCUUUCUUACAUGGUUUUCUCAAAGAAACUGUGUACAUGGAACAACCACCAGGAAGCAAUGAUACUCUUAUUCAGCAAAUUAUUCAUAAACUUGGAUGCGAAUUUUCUCUCAAAGAUCUUGGUGCCUUGCACUAUUUUUUGGGAAUAGAAGUCAAGCCUUUUGCUAGUGGCUUAUUUCUCUCACAAACAAAAUACACCAAAGAUCUUCUCUCUCGUGCUCACAUGCUUGAAUCCUCCCAUCAAUCAACUCCAAUUGCUCUUAAACCACCUAACCUACUAGAUGAUCACAACUUAGUCAAUGAAACUGAGUUUCGAAGCAUUGUUGGCGCACUUCAAUAUCUUACUUUUACUCGUCCUGAUAUCACUCAUGCAGUAAAUAAAGUUUGCCAACAUUUUCAUCAACCGACUCUUGCCAAUCUUCGAGCUAUCAAACGGAUCCUUCGAUACCUUAAAGGCACUAUAACUUAUGGUAUUCGCUUUUUAUCUCAAAUCUCUCUCACUUUAAACGGUUUUUGUGAUGCAAAUUGGGCAGGUUGUCCUCUCACUCGUCGAAGCACCACUGGCUACUGUAUCUUUCUUGGCUCAAAUUGUGUGUCAUGGUCUUCAAAGAAACAACCAACUGUUGCUUGUUCAAGUGCCAAAGCCGAAUACCGUGCACUUGCUGCCACUACUGCUGAAUUGACAUGGAUCGGGUAUCUAUUAUGCGAUCUGGGGAUUCGCCUCAUUCAACCACCUUGGCUCUUCUGCGAUAAUAUCCGUGCUCUUCACAUGACAAAGAAUCAUGUUUUCCACGCUCGGACCAAGCACAUUGAACUGGAUUACCAUUUUAUUCGAGAAAAAGUUACGCGUGGCGAUCUAGUCACCAAAUACGUCACUUCGCCACUACAAACUGCUGAUGUCUUAACCAAAGCUCUUCCCAAAUCAUCUUUCAAAACUUUUUGA